AUGCAGUAUUUUCAUUAACUAUUGAAAAUUAAUUAAAUUUAUGGAACCUUAUUUCAAUAAAUCCUAUCUGUUAAAGAAAGAAAAUAGUAAAUGAUUAAGAAAAAUUGUUAUCUAAAAUUAACAAAUACUAAAAGCAGAAUAGAUACCUCCGCACCAUGGAGACCAUCUCAUUCACUCUCAAAAUGUAAUAAUAAAUAUUUAAAUGCUGAAGAGAACAAGAUAGUUUAUGAAAAUAACAUACUUCUAAAUAAGAUGGUUAAUAUUUAAAAAUAAGGAAAUAAAAGUAAUAAGUCAAUGCCUCAAAUACCAAAAUCUCAAUAAAUGACCAAAAGAAUAUAAAUAGAAAAACUACAAUAAGAAAUUUGCAACUACUGAACAGAUUGUAGACUGCCUAAGCUACAUAUAAUGGGUACCUGAUGAUUAGAGAAAUCAAGCAUAUAAAUAAUUGCUUAGACCAAAAAUUCAACAGCAUGAUUACAACGAGCUAGCAAGAAAACAAUUAGGGUCAAGGUCAGCUGCUAGAUUUAAUGAAAUUCCAGAUUCAUGAUAAUGGAUGUUAAUUUUGAAUUAUCCAAUCCUCCAUAUAAUUAUUAUUGCUUA